AGAUUUUUGUAGCAAUUGUAUUAAUUUAAUCAAAUGUAUUUUUUUUGUUUUUUAUUUCUAUGUUAGUGCGUGAACUUUGAUUUCAUUUUUUUUUUUUUACUUAUAUCUAAAGAAUAAUUUCACACAUCCAGUAUUUAGAGUUGCGUGCGUAAAACUGGGAUAGCGUGUCAGAACACUGGAUAAUCUGCUGCGCUAUACUUUGAAAAUGCUAAAAUGUAUCUCCAUCUGACUAGAAAUAAAUACAAUAUGUAGUAUUUUAUGGUACUUUCAGAGAGAACCAAUAUGUAAAUCAUUGCGCAAAGUUGUACAUGUACACUAGAUAUGUACGGUGGACAUGUUUCCACAUGGUCAGAGCAGUUUUAAAGGCCAAAUCAUUGUUUUUUAUUUAGAAUUUCAUUGCUUAAAUAUCUGAAAUUCUAAUCCAUACACGUGUGCACUGGAUGUCUUUGUGCGUUGUCUUGCAUUUAAACCUCGAGUUUUGGAAAUCUCUGAGCCUUUAGGUGUUGUCUCCAAAUGUUACAUGCUUUGUUUCUAUGAGGAGAAUUUGACCAAACCCAAAUCGGCAAAUGUAUCCGGCCACACAUAUUGUUCUUACUGACCAUUAUAGGGAGAUUUCAGCCAACCCUAAUGCACCAGAGUGUGAGUGUUGGUCACUACCUGCUACAUCCAAACAAUGGAGAGUUCAACCAGGGGACACGGCCAGUUCUGGCCAAUCACCGUCUCGGAGCACUUCUUCUAACCCCUGACCUCUCGACACUCACAAUGUUCAGACCAUACAUCAGUGCUGAGACCUCAGCCAGUUUUUUUCCCCCUUUCUUAUUUCAGAUUUAGACAGAGACAGCGCGAAAACAAAAAACGGUGUUCUAGGUGUGAUGUCGAGCCAUGAAUUCUCCCAAAAUUAUUCUUAGAGACAGCUCCUCUGCAAUUCAUCACAGAGACACCAGCGUUAAGGUCUCACACUGAGCGCCGAUAUGAUCAGAAACAAACUGAUAUGCUGAGGGCGUAUAACCUGGUGUGAUUUUUUUAAAAUUAUACUUUGGCAAAAUGUCUCCUCAAUAACAAUGGUAGUGACUGUAUAUAGUGUAGUAACUAAAGCAACUGGUAAUUAAAUUAUUAGUCAAUUAAUUUAAAAGUGAAAUUCAAAUUAAAUCUGCGCAUUAAAUUGCAUUUUGUAGAUUGUUUUUUUUUCACGUUUACUAUUUCCUAACUGCACGUCUGCAUACAUACACGACGUUAAAACAUUUGCAAAAAUGUCUUUGCGUGCGUCUGCAAAGGCUCCUCGGCUCAGCCAGCACGUGCAGCACAGGCUGCAGACAUGGAGGCUGUGCAGAAGAUGGCGUUGAAGCUGAUUGGCACCGCAGACGCCGACAAAUCCAACUUCAAAUUACAGAUUUCAAGUCAUUUGAUUCGAGAAUAGAGGUCACUUUCAAUGCACUGAAAUUUUAAUUCGCCUGUCCACGUGACUUGUUGAAUAAUGAAUACCCCCGGGGGGUCAGAAAUAGAUGUGAAAAUCUGCCUUAUUUUCCAUUUUGGAGUGAUCUUCCGCAGGGUGCGAGUCAGAUCUCUUCUCCCCUGACACAGCUCGCUCCGUCUGCUGCACACAGACCGCCAUGACUUAAAUCCAGCCAACUAAAUUCAGGCCAUCGCAAGGUCCCCGAGACAUCCUGAACUGCCUUCGGUUCACCCGAGGAGGCCAUUGGCGGAGAGGCGUCACGUGACCACGGGGUGCCAAUGUUAUUCUACAAGGGUGUCAAGACCCUGUCAGUUUCUGAAAUAAAUAUUGGGAAACGGCGAGAUGCAAAAGGCAACCUACUACGACAGCUCCGCAAUUUACAGUGGCUACCCAUAUCAAAGCGCAAAUGGCUUCAGUUAUGAUGCCAAUCAGGUCCAAUAUCCCCGGGCCUCUCAUGUGGAAAGUGAGUACCAUCGACCUGCCUGCUCCCUGCAGUCUCCUGACGGCACCGUGGCUUUGCAGAAGCCGGGGGAGAUGGCGGAGGGCUGCGACAGGACCACAUCCAUUCAGGUGGCGCAGUCCCAGGUUCAUCCCGAAAGCAAUCAACCGCAGGUGCCGGUGUCAGGUCCACCCCCUCCCUCGCAAUCCCCGGGUGCUAUCAGCCAAAGCGCAAGCAACGGGUCCAACCAGCCCAGUGCCAAGAACGAUUCCCCGACCUCUAACGCUCGCAGCAAACACAUCUUCCCCUGGAUGAAGGAGUCUCGUCAGAACACCAAGCAGAAACCCACCAGUAGCGCCAGUUCAGUGGAGAGUUGCCCCGGAGACAAGAGUCCUCCAGGGUCAGCAGCAUCGAAGAGGGCCAGGACAGCCUACACCAGCGCCCAGCUCGUGGAGCUGGAGAAGGAGUUCCACUUCAACCGGUACCUCUGCAGACCCCGGAGAGUGGAGAUGGCUAACCUGCUCAACCUUACCGAGAGACAAAUUAAAAUCUGGUUCCAGAACCGCAGGAUGAAGUACAAGAAGGAUCAGAAGGGCGUCGGAAUGAUGCCUUCCCCCGGCGGACAGUCCCCGCGGAGCCCCGUGGGCCCUGCCUCCAGUGGCGGUGCGGGAGGAUACCUCAACUCUAUGCAUUCUCUUGUAAACAGUGUACCUUAUGAAUCCCAGUCGCCGACGUCUUACAAUAAACCACAUCAAAAUGCAUACGGUAUGGCUACGUCAUAUCCCCCGCCUUUGAACAGCUCCCUCAACAACUGCCCGCCCUCCCAGAAGAGGUAUUCCGUGACCGACUCGGCCACGCCCGAGUAUGACGCGCAUCCUCUCCAAGGCAAUGGCAACUACGGGACGCACAUGCAGGGCAGCCCCGUUUAUGUCGGCGGAGGUUACAUCGAGUCUAUGCCCAAUUCCGGGGCCUCUGUUUUCGGUCUGACCCAUCUCCCGCACCCGCCGUCCACAAACAUGGACUACAAUGGAGCAAUCACAAUGGGCAACAGUCAGCAUCACGGAGUGUGUGAUCCGACACCGACGUACACAGACCUAACGCCGCACUACUCUCAGGGAAGAAUCCAGGAAGCGCCCAAACUGACGCAUCUGUAGCGGUGGCGCUGUACUCGGAUCACUCCGCCCAUUGUCUUACCCACCUACACAUCACUGCUUUGUUUCUGCGCCUCUUCACGGCUUCCACCUUCUCUGCCUUUGUUUAUGUUUUCUAUAGUUUGAUGUGUGAAGUAGCGUAGGCUAAAUAAUCACGACUUGCUCGGAUUUUUUCUCUAUUUGCUUGUGUCAUUGUCUCACAAAGACCUUUAUCUGGGCUGUAGGACUGUAGAGCGGGAGGGAGGGGGGGCACAGUAUAUGCAUAGGUCUAUUUAAUCUUUUUUUUUAAUCUUGUUUUAAAGCUGAAACUCAAACAGGGUAUUAUGAACGUUAUGUUAUUCAUUUUAAUGUGAAUUUGUCCGUAUUUUAUUUAUCCGCAGUUGAAGAAUUGUGUUUUGCAUUUUGUUGCACUUGUGAAAGAAUCCUCCAAGAGCCACCAGCUUGGUAUUUGAGGGAAAUGCAUUUUCAGAAAAAAAGAAACAGGGGUCAUGAGUUUAAAUGCAGCUUCCCUUGCUUGUGUUUUGUUUUAUUGGACUUUCUAAUGUUAUUUAUUUUUUUGUUUGGUGUAAAGAUAAGAGUCCUUUAGUAUUAUUUGACACCCUGCGAUCUUUUUUGUGGGGAGAAGGUUGAUGGAUAUUCGCGUCUCGGCCCUUUUGUACCCCAUAUUCAUGUAGCCUGCAGCAGCAGCAGCAGCAGCAGCAGCACACCGUGUUUGCCAUUUAAGCCAAUGUUUCUAUGUUUUCUUCCUCUUCUUCUUCUUCUUCUUCUUCUUCGAGGAGGUAUUCUGUUUUCCCAGCCAAUGUAAAAUCAAUCAGCCAUGCAAUAAGAGUGGAAAGAGGGACAUACAUUAGCAGUUUCUUUAUUGAAGAAAAAAAACAACCCGGGACAGAUCAUCAUUUUUUUUCGAUGUCAUACAUUCCAUGCUGCUCCAGUUCGAAGAGAUGAAUAAAAGAAUUGAAAUAUAA